UUCAGCGUUUGCAGUCCGGUCUGGGCCCGCGGCGUGGAUUCCGAUCGUGGGGCUCGAGGGCGGUCGGACUCUCUGCGUGACAGUGCCGCUGGCUGUGUAUGCUGCUGGGACUAGGAUCCCGAGGCUGGAAAGCCAGCUUCCCAGGAAGCAAUGGCUACCAAGAGGGCUUCCUCAGAAAUCAUAGCAAGACAAAGAACGAAGUUGCUUACUGUCCUCCAGCAAGACCCCGACUCUCUCUUGGACACGUUAGCCUCUCAGAGACUGAUUUCUGAGGACGAGUAUGAGAUGCUAGAGCAGAUUCCCGAUCCCCUGAAGAAAAGUCGGAAGCUGUUAAUUGUGGUCCAGAAGAGGGGAGAGGAGAGCUGUCAUUGUUUCCUCAGGUGUUUGUCUGACGCGUUCCCAGAGGCAGCUGCCACUUUGGGCUUAAAGCAUGAAGUUGCACAGCAGGGGGCUGAAGCAGCUGUGGGAGUGAGCAGGGGUUCAGCAGACCCCUUUUUCCUUGGGAGGAGAACUCCAGAGCAUGGAGAGAUUGUAGUGCUCUCUGAAGAGAAAGAAUGUGUCCAUUGGGAAAGUAAGGAUGGGGAAGCUGCAGGAUCCUCCAGGGAGAAUCAGGAGGGACGUGGCACACCACAAAUCAUGGCCCUGCGUUCAAUUGGAAGAGCUGAGUAUGACAUUCCAACGAGUAUCACUUACUUAAAUGACGGGCAAAGAUACGAGGAGCCAGACGAUUCUCUGUACUUAGGAGAAGGGGAAUAUCAAGAGUCUGUUGGGUACCCAAAAGAUAUCGAGACCCUUGUGGAGGAAGGGGCCUCAGAUGACCUACAGUGCUUUGUAUGUGAUGGUGAAGAGGAAGAGGAACACAAGGAUGAAGAAACCAUGGGGUUUUCUGAUGAAGAAACCAUGGGGUUUUCUGAUGAAGAAGGUAGCUGCGAGGCUCCAGAGAGCGGCAUUUCAUUGGAAGAGGAGGAGGAGAACACUGAAGAAAGAAAAAGAGUGUUCUACCAUGUCCUGUCCUGUUUGAACAUGGACAGAAGCAGAAAGCUUCUCCCAGACUUUGUGAAGCAGUUUUCCAUAGAUCGACCAAGUAAGUGGACACCCGAGACUCCGGGAGACUUAGCUUGGAAUUUCCUGAUGAAAGUGCAGGCUUUAGACUUGACAGCCAGAGACUUUAUCCUUAGGCCCAAGAUGGCGGAUGAAGAGAGUGAAGAGGAGUUGCUGGCUGGGAUAGAGAAUUUAGACAUUGGAGACAUACAAACCAUCAACCCCCUUGACGUCCUUUGUGCCUGCAUGCUUUGUUCGGACAGCUCUCUGCAGCGUGAAGUCCUGUCAAACAUGUACCAGUGCCAGUUUGCUCUUCCUCUGCUGCUGCCAGAUGCAGAAAGCAACAAAAGCAUCUUAAUGCUAGGGGCCAUGAGAGGCUUACAGCAGCACCCAGCGCAGGCCUCAGCGGGGCCCCCCAGGGAAACAGAAGCAUUUCUGAGUCUCAGGAAGAUGCCUGUCAUCUCUUUUGUGCGGCUAGGACACUGUAGCUUCUCCAAGUCCAGAAUCCUUAACACAUUGCUCAGCUCCUCCCCACAGAAACCGCACAAAAUCUUUCUCCAUCAGGAUCCGUCCGUUCCCGUGCUUCCUCGGCAAAUUUCUGAUGGCCUGGUGGAGGUGACAUGGUGUUUUCCUGACAAGGAGCUAAAGGAAAAUCCUCAUGUUUUCCAAGAGCCUGUUGCUGUGACCAACCUUCGUGGAGAUCUUGAAAGCUUUUGGACUCAAUUUGGUUUUCUGGUGGAAGUUUCCUCAGCCAUAUUCUUCUUCACCGACUGCCUUGGUGAGAAGGAAUGGGACUUGCUGAUGUUUUUAGGAGAAGAUGCUAUUGAAAGAUGCUACUUUGUCCUUGGUCCUCAGGCCAAGGAGAGUGAAGAGGCUCAGAUUUUCCAAAGGAUCCUGAGACUGAAGCCGUCACAGUUACUGUUUUGGGAAGUGGAGGAAGCUGGGGAUAGAAGGAAGACGAUGGAGGCCCUUCAAGCUGCCCUCCAGGAAGUAAUGUCCUCUUCGCUUAGAUGUGUGUCCCUAGAAGAUAUGGCCUCUCUGGCCAGGGAGCUGGGCAUUCAGGUAGACCAAGACUUUGAAAUUCCUCAAGAUAUUCAACUUUCCCCCAGUACGACUGGAGGUGAGAGCCAGCAAACACAUAGUCAGACAAAAAGCCCAUCUGAAAGCCGAGCUCAGGUGCCAGUCAGAGAGCCUGGAGUCCAAUGUGAGGACACGCAGAAUGUUCAGAAUCUGCACCAGACUCCAGUGUUUGUGCCUCCGCCAGUACACCCGUGGCCCCUGCCGACCACAUUUGGAAGUAACUUUUACCACGGGCCCUUGAGAGCCCCUUGGGUUCUGAGCCCCCACUUUGGGUCACAGCAGAGGGCUAAGUGGUUCUAUCCUUUGCCCCAUCAGAAUACAAGGGUACGUGGCAGAGGGAAAAGCUUUGGUCCUCGGAACUUCCAACCCUGGAGAUUUUAUUCAGGGCAAGGAUUCAUGAAAAUUUCAGGAGCUUCUCAGGGGCAUCAUUUGAGUGGAACAUUUGGGAGAUCACAAAGACAGAUUCCUCAUGUGCGGAACCAUCCUGAGAGCCCACAGGCAGAGAGAAAUCUUCAAAGGUCUGGGACGGUGGUCUCUCAUGUAGACCACUCACAUUCUCUAGGCUCGCAAGCAAGAACAGUAGCAGGGAAGCCGCAGGUUGGGAAAACCUGUGUCCAGGGGAUGCAGCUGAGUGAAGCCACUAGAAAACCCGUGAGGACAACGUUGCAUAGUAAGUAUCCUCACCCUCCAUUCUGUCAGCCAGCAGGAGCCGUUCAAGAACCAAAAAUACCUGUUUGUCAUCAAGGAUCUCAAAGGAUUAAACAGGGAAGGCCUUCAGAUUCAGCUUUCCAGCCAGACUCUCAGUCCACAUCUGGGAGUAAACUUUCUUCUACCUGCCAGUUCAACUCCCAUCAACCCAAGUUCCAGGUCAAACACUUUGAGCCUAAGCCCAUUCAACCUCAGAAAAAAACCCCUCAUCUCCAGCUUUCCCAAGCUAAGGCCCCUCAUUCCCAGCCUUCCCAAGCUAAACCCAUUCAUCCCCAGCCUUCCCAAGCUAAACCCAGUCAUCCCCAGCCUUCCCAAGCUAAACCCAUUCAUCCCCAGCCUUCCCAAGCUAAACCCAGUCAUCCCCAGCCUUCCCAAGCUAAACCCAGUCAUCCCCAGCCCUCCCAAGCUAAACCCAGUCAUCCCCAGCCCUCCCAAGCUAAACCCAGUCAUCCCCAGCCCUCCCAAGCUAAACCCAGUCAUCCCCAGCCCUCCCAAGCUAAAUCCACUCAUCCCCAGCCCUCGCAAGCAAAACCCUCCCCAUCCACAUCUACUCAGUUCAAGCCACAUAGACCCCAAUCUAAGCCUUUUCAACCUAGAUCUAUUCAGCAUACAUCAUCACAGACUAAACCUUCACAAGCCAAGGCCCACUGCCCACGGGCAGGAAAACGUUGAAGAACAUAUCCCAGAGACCCUGGAAGUAUGUUCUUUGCUUAGGCUAUUUCUCUCGUGUAACAGUCUGAAGAAAAGUUUCAGUGAAAGACUGAUAAAAUGAGCAAAAUCACAAUAAAAAAUUAUGCCAAGUCUAAGUGCACAGCAAAGUAAAUCACAGUACUCUUUAGACAGAAUCAGUCAGAUCUCUGUGUGCCUGAAGCCAAACUGAUCUACAUAACAACACAAAGUUCUAGAUCAGCCAGAGAACAUGAGAUCUGGCUGCGUGGGAGGAGGGAAGAGCUGGGGAUGGACUUGAUCAUUGUAUAUAUGUUUGAGAUUGUCAAAUAAAAAUGCAAGGUGGAAAAAGAAUAGGACCUUAAGGAUACAUAAAUCAAUUGAAUCCAACCUUCCUUAUCAAGCAAUGUGUGAUUUGACCCCAGGGGAUGGAGUCUUGGGGAUAGCCAUAUAUGUGAGGAAUGGAAUUACAGUAUAAUUGCAAAGUAAUAAAAAGUAUGGAGCUAAAAUUAUCUCAGUGUUGAAGAAAAACUGCUUCUGAGGUGCCUUGGUUUUGGGUUUAUUAUCAGCCACUGAGCAGAGACCCUGCACUGUUGGUUAGUUAAAUAAGCUUGCUUGUGGUACUAGCCCCAAUUUUCAUACCUGAUAAGACUAUCUCACUUGGCUCUUAUAUACAGGGAAAUAAUGAAUGUUCAGCAAAACACAUCAUUUUACAUAAACUUUGGGAUUGAUUUAUAUAUGUUUCAAACUUUGUAUAUAAUAACAAAGAAUUUAGCUCAUUAGAGGUCAUGAUAUUAUGAGUUUAAUUAAUUGAAAUUGCUAUAGAGAUGAAUACUUUACAUUGGUAUGGGUCUUGGUUCUACUGAUACAAAUUUAAGGUCAAUUUUGUUAUAUGUAUAUUUCUGCUCUUGAUUAAGGUAUUGUGUUUGUGCAACUUAUUUUAAAAUGUAAUGUAUAAUUAAGAAAUACAGGUCAAUAUACAGUCAUUUGUAAUAGUCAAGCUUGUAGUCAUGUUAGUUAGGUUUUCUAAAUGUACAGAGAUAUAUUUCAAAUGGAUAGAUAUUCUUCAAAUCUUUCAAAGACUAACAGAAUAUGGCAUUUAAAAUGUUUUAGAAACUUAGGACUUUUUAUGACAAUGAGACACAUCUUCUCCUGGCAAUCUACUUCAAGAUGAUGAUGGGCAUUGAAAAGGCUCUUUAUAGAGUUUAUUAGCCAUUUGGGCAAGAAACUGUUCUUGCCUGGACUGUUUGAUAUUAUGCUAUAUGAACUGGACAUGCAGGACCCACAGAAAAAUGACUGCUGAAGUUGCCUAAAGGUGAGACAGUCUUUCAGGGUUCUUACUUCAUGAAAGAGUCUGCCAGACAUUCUGAAGACACAGAAAAAAGUGACUGACAAACUUCUAGUAUAGGUGGAACUGUUUUUGAAAUUUUCUGCUUCCUGGAAAAUGGGCCGGAAUGCUGAAGAUGGAUGUUCCAGUGUUACAGAAGAACUUUGGGUGACUGUCCAGGCAACGAGAUGUCUCUGUCAAUUCUAGAGUUUUGGAAGUUGCUUACAAUGCAUUUCCUAUUAACUUAGGUAAUAUUAUAUCCUUCUGGAGUUUUUAAUGGAGUUGAAGAAUAGAUAGUUACAAUUAUAGUUUUUCUUAGUUAUGAUAGAAGAUAAAGUAUAUAUCAUAACUGUAAUUCUGGCUUGAUACCUGUUUUGUUAAAUGUAAGUUUACUAUAUUAAAGUUAAAACCUCCCUUUUUAUUUAGACAGAAAAGGGGAAGUGAUGUGGGAUUCCACUCUGUAUGCUGUAAACAUGUUUUAUUGCCAUUGGUGAAUAAAGAAGCUGCUUGGGCCUAUGACAGGGCAGAAUAUAGUCAGGCUGGAAGAGAUAUAGCAAGAGAGUAGGUGGAGUCAGGGAGAAGCCAUGUAGCCAAUGCAGGAGACAGAUGCUGUACUUUACAGGUAGGCCACAACCAUGUGGUGAUACACAGAUUAAUAGAAAUGGGUUAAUUUAAGAUAUAAGAGCUAGCCAAUAAGAAACAUGAACUAACAGGCCAAGCAGUAUUACAAUUAAUAUAGUUUCUGUUUGAUUAUGUUGGGUCUGGGCAGCUGGGAGAUGAACAAGCAGCCUCUGUCUACAUGGAAUCAGAAAUGUGUUAGUGAAUUUUUAAUUUUAGAGUUAAGUUGAAAAGAUUAAGAUGAAUUUAUAAAGGAUAUAAGUAAUGUUUGAGAGAACUUAUAGUUUGGAGGAAUUAUAAUUUUCGGAAGUUUAUAUUUUUCUGAACAUUUGGAUAGCUUCUGCUAGAUAACCGUGUUAAAAGAAUAAACUUGAUCCAGAUAUUUAGCUGGAGCAUCUCUGAGUUUGUAAGUGGCACCAAGUACCAAUAAAAGACAACAUUUGCAGAACGUGCCACUGCACACCUCUGACUUGAGGCUGAGGAAUAUGGAUCAAGGUUCGUUAGCAGCUCACAGGGAGACCAAGCCUCAAGAAACAAAAACAAGCUACUUAAAGGUAGAUGUUAAAAUUUGCCUCAUUUAGAAAUAAAGUAAGAUUUAUAAAUUGGACUAAACAUCUCAGUUUUUGGAUGUAUGAAUUUUAAUUUUUUAUUGUACAUGUGUAUAGUGCAUGUGUGUAUGUACAUGCGUGUCACAACAUGUAUGUUGAGGUCAGUGGAUAACUUUAUGAAGUCUGUUCUUUCUACCUUUAUGUGUAGCAAGUGCUUUUCCUUGCUGAACUAUCUUACCUGUCCCCAUAAAUUUAAUUUGAAAUAGUAAAAUAGUUCCAAGGAGUCAGCUAAUCAAAAAAUUGCUUUCAAGGCUUCAAGGAAAAAAAUCAUAUUGACCAAUGGAUAACAAUUAAACUUUUGAAAGGAAUCAAUACUGUCUGAAAAUAGUCUAAUAUCACAAAAAUGUGUUUUACAUAUGUUGAAUAAUCUUGUAUUUCUCUCUCAUGGUUGUUGUAAAGACGAAAAGGAAAUAGAAGACAGUAUAUGUGAAUGUUUAAUUUUA